CGAAGAUUUGGGGGGUGAGCGCAGAAACCAUUCAUCGGCGCGCAGACGGCGCCUCGCCAUGGAUGAAGUGCACUACACAGAGUUUGAGAAUCCCAAGUUCGAUGCCAAGGAGCUGGUGCAGCGCUACCGCAAGCGGGUGCCUCUGCCGCAGCUGCAGAAGAGCCUCCGAACGCAUCACGCCUCGGCGCGGCAGGAGCUGGUGGAACUGAUCAAUGAGAAGUAUGCGGACUUCGUGAGCUUGUCCUCACGGAUGCAAGGGGUCGAGCGGGCGCUGAAGCCGCUGCGCGCGCCCUUGGAAGAGUCUGCAGAGCUGACCAAAGGACUGCACAGCAAACUUGGAAGUCUUUUGCAAAAGGCAGAAGAAGCUCACCAAGGGCUGGUGCGGAUCGGAGCUCGCAAGGACGCGCUUCGGGCAUACAUCGAGAAUGCCAGGCUUUUAGAAAAGGUCCGCUCAUCGGGCACUGGAAUCGAUGCGGCGAGGCCGCGGAACCUCCAAGAGGCGGUGGCGCGGGACCUGCGGCGGAUCCGUCUGAGCCUGCAGGGAGCUCAUGCAGCGUCGCCCGAGUGUCAGGCGUUGCUGGAAGAGGCCAUGUCCUUCCAAGAGGAUUUCAGCCAGAAAUUGGUGGAGCAGCUGCGGCCUUUGCUGCUUUGCUCGAAGCGCUCCUGGGAUGCUGCGGGUGAAAUACCCAACACUGAGUUCCUGGCGAUCUGCCAACUCAGCCGUGCGCUGUGCCACCUGGGCCAUGCUGCACUGGUGGAGCAGAGCUUCGGAGAGGUCUUCGUGCGAGCGAAGCUCGAGGAGCUCAGUGCCACAUGCAAUGCGGUGGCGGAGGAGCAGAAGCGGAAGGCCAUGGCCAUGGCGGAAGGCUCCAAGAUGGUCAGCGCGGGGGCGGUGGAUCUGGCUAUUUUCUUCCAUUCAGUGCAGGAGACCUUCUUCACGGAGGCCUCUGCGUUGCUGUGGUUCGCCCGCCGCUGGAGUAGUGGGAGCUCUGGAGAUGUGGAGAUGCCUCGCGUCAGACUGCUGGCAGAGGCGCUGGUUCUGCCCUGCCUGCAAAAAGUGCAGGAGGUGUGGCCCAACGUCUUUAUGCCCGCUUUCCCGGACACCUUCGCGGCCAACUACCGGCACUUCAGCAGCUUCCUGCGCCAGGCAGAGGAAGUCAUGGAGGUGAGCGAAGCUGGAGAGCUCCAAAGGAAGUUGGUCGACUUCCAACGAAAGUGGAAGACGCAGGUCUACUGCUCCCUCCGCACGAAGGAGGCGGCACAGCGCCUGGACACCGCCGCCCAGAAGCUCACGCUCGACUCCGCCGAGCCCGGUGGCGUCUACUGGCUUCCGGUCUCUGGCGAGCUCAUCAGGACCAUCGAUCUGGUCUGGAAGGCUUGGUAUUUGAGCUGCUUGUAUCCCAAGAUGGCCCGACUCUCGCUGGAGCUGGUGGCCAAGUACGGGAAAGCCAUCUCGGCCUUCGUGGAGACGAGCGCUGGUGGUGCUUGGGAUGCUGCACAGCAAGGUUGGAGUGCAUCCUCCUUGCCGGUGCGCUUCGCACGCGCCGCAGCGGACGUCUUGCAGGUGAUUGCCAGCUUCAGCGUGGAGGGGUCACCAGGGCUUGUAGCCCAGCUCUUCUUGGAGCCAUUGGAGUCAGAGAAGCCACGAGAGGUGGCUAAGGUGCUGCUGAUGGAGGCAGCUCGGAGUCUGGAGCCAAUGCUGCUUUUGUUGAAGGAUGGGAUGGUGAAGCAAGUGGUGGCCGCCAUGGGGACGCCCUUCGCGGCGAUCCGCGGGAUUCCAGCCUUCUACCGGAUGCUGAACAAGCCGGUGCCCACCAAAGCCUCGCCCUAUGUGGAGUCCUCCUUAAGGCCUCUGACAGCCUUUCGUGAUGUCUUGGUGGGUUCCAAGAUAGCUGAAGACUUCGUCAGGGCUUGGCUCAAAGAAAUGGUGGACGGAGCGGCGCAAGAGUUCGCGGUGCAGGCGACGCAACUCAUUGAGAUGACCCAUCAGCAGGAGGCCUCCCUGCGCCGCCUCGCUGGACGAGGCGACGCCAAGGGCGAUGACCAGGUGUCUGAUUUGGACAAGAUCUACCUCCAACUCUGUCUUGACGUGGAUACCUUCAGUUCCAUGGCCUCAGCGACCGCUGGGUCAAAACCGGAGGGUCUCCAGAAGUUGACGGAGGCCGUGUCUGGCAUUCGUCGCACGGCCACCUAGUCGACGGCACCGUCGCGGCCGAGAUAAAAAAAAAGUGC